AUGCAAAUGCAGAUGAUGGUCAACCAACAGCUUUUUAGGCUUCUUAUGAGUAACCAUCCACCGGAGAAACCUAGUAAGACAAAUGUCAAUGGCUUCGUUCUUGAGUCGUCGCAGGCGAAUUUAGCCAAGUGGAUUUUUCAGACAUACCCAGAAACUACAGUGAAUGUUCAGUCUCAGAACCCAGAGGUCAGGACACAUUAUAUGAACGUUCUCUUCGGCGUCAUGGGGACGAUUUACCACAAGAAAACGCCUUAUGUCUCUACGGCUGAAUUAAGCAAAGCUUCCAAGGGUUUGUCUGAUUUGACAAAAGCCGGUUUUAAUGUGGAAUGGUUGAGGCCAUAUCUUGAGAUGGUUUCCCUGGAGAGGAAGAAACGUAAUGCUUAUGAAGCUCGGAAAGCUGAGUUGAAAAUGGAGAAGGCCAAGUCGAGGAAGCAUAGUUCGUUUAGGCUUCUGUUGGGGCGAUUCUUCUGCGUAAACCCUAAACCCCCAAUUUUUAUUGGCCAAGCUAACGAUGAUUUGUAG